AUGUCGGCCCAUGCAGUCAAACGGAGAAGGCUUAGCCCUUCACCCAUGCAACCCAAUCCCCAAUCCCAGUCGAAAUCCUCAAAUACGACUCCGAUUAACUCGAAAGAAGACCCCCCAAAAACAGUUCAAUCUGCUGCGCGCAAGGAUGAUCACCAGGGGCGUAAGGGAAAAAAUGAUGGAUCUGCAGAGCUGGCAAUGGCCAGUGGUUUCUACAAGUCUAGCUUUUUCAAAUUGCAAAUGGACGAGCUACUGACCGGGUUGCGACCAAACUACGAAAAGCAAAUCUCAAAGCUCCAGGACACCCUGCACAAAUUAAAGGAUGCUAUUGAAAGCAUACCUAAUAGUGAAUCGAAAUCUGUACCCGAAGCCGAGAAGGAACUACGCACUGUCUCCGAGAUCGUGAUUCCGUGGCCUGAACCUCGACCCGCCAAGGAUGCCAAAUACACCAUGUCGUACGCGAAACCCGCAAACAUCAAUGUGGUGGGUAGCGUUAUCUUGAAAACUGGGGCCAAGACAACCGAAUCUCGACCGGUUGAUCUGGCAGUAACAAUUCCCAGUUCUAUCUUCCAGGAGAAAGACUAUGUCAACUAUCGCUAUUUCCACAAGAGGGCAUACUAUGUUGCUUGCCUCGCCGCCGGUAUACAGAAGCCAAUGGAUGAGGUCGGACUCGAUGUCAAGUUUGGAUUUCAGGACGGCGACAGUCUUCGUCCCAUUAUUCUAUUGGAACCUCGUUCGACCUCGAAAAGCGACCUGACCCCUCAACCGCAGGUCCGAAUCCUGACUGCAAUUGAACCGACUCUGUUCCCCAUUUCCCGGACACUCCCGAUAAGGAGCAACGUUCGCCCAGGCUCAAAGGACCAGUCAGAAGCUGGUGAACCCACUCCAUAUUACAAUGCUAGCCUGCGCUCGGAGGCUACCGUCUCUCUAUACCACAAACACCUGCAUUCAACCGCCCAGAAAUGCGAAUCGUUCCGUGACGCUUGUAUUUUGGGGCGCACUUGGCUACAGCAACGUGGCUUGCAUACAUCCUUCCAAAAAGGCGGAUUUGGGGGGUUUGAAUGGGCGGCCCUCGUCUCUCUCUUGUUUGAGGGUGGCGGCCCAAGUGGCCAACCGAUUCUUUUGCGGUCUUACAGUAGCUAUCAGAUCUUCAAGGCUACUAUGCAAUUCUUGGCUGGUAGAGACUUGAUCACGCCCUUGUUUCUUUUCGCCAACAAUAUUUCCGUUCCUGAUGGGGGCCCUGUCUUAUACGAUGGACGGAGAGGCUUGAAUAUUCUGUACAAGAUGACUCCUUGGUCUUACGCAGCACUUCGGCACGAAGCGUCAAUCACCCUUACGAUGCUCAAUGAGUCUCGUGAGGACAACUUUGACCGAGUCUUCAUUGUUAAAGUCGAUGAACCAGCUUUGCGGUUCGAUCGCCUCAUUUUCUUCCCGAAGGCUUUCAGCGGUGAUACCAUCCGUGCACUUCGCGAGCAGAACACUCUUUACACUACAAUCUCCAAGGCUCUUGGAGAUCGUGUGAAGCUCAUCUCUUUUGCGAGCCAAAACGCCGGGUCUUGGUCCAUCCGGGCAAAGGCCCUGAGUAAGAAAGCGAGCCAUGGUCUAUCCGUGGGCCUUCUACUGGAUGCUGAUAAUGUCAGUCGGGUGGUGGACCACGGUCCAGCCGCAGAGGAGAAGGAGGAGGUAGCCUCGUUCCGGGAAUUUUGGGGUGAUAAGUCGGAACUUCGACGUUUCAAGGAUGGCAGCAUUUUGGAGAGUCUCGUCUGGUCUGAUCAGCCAUCAGAGGACUCCAUUGUGCUUCAGAUCCUAGCUUACGUAUUCCAAAGACACUUUCAGAUUACUGAAGACGACUUUUCUUUUACUGGAGAUGAGUAUGAUGAUCUGCUGUUUGACGAAGGCGAUGGUAUCCUGGCGUAUUCUAGCCCCCCAUUCCAAUCCAUCAAAGAAGCAUUCAACGAUCUUGAACGAUCGAUUGGAACUAUGGAAGAAGUCCCUCUGACCAUUCGACACCUGGCCCCGGCUAGCCCAUUGCUCCGGUACACUGCGCUUCGAGUGCAGACUCCAGGUGGAGCCCAGGAACCGGCAGAUAUUGUCCUUCAGUUUGAAAGCUCUUCACGAUGGCCUGACGACUUCGCAGCAAUUCAGAUGACCAAAGCUGCUUUCUUGCUGAAGAUUGGGGACUCUUUGGAAUCAUCGGGGGCCGCUUCAUCCUGCCGUGUCGGCCUGGAAAACGAAUCCAGCAAGGUGUUGAACAAUGUGUACCUGGAUAUUUCUCACACUUCCGGCUUCCUCUUCCGUCUCAGGAUCCACCAUGAGCGCGAACAAACACUUCUUGAGCGUCAAUUGAAAGAUAAGAGUAUCAAUCCCAGGGAACGAGAAGAGAUUGCGUUUGCUCUUUUCCAGUAUAAAAGACUCUUUGUGCAGGCUCCACGUCUGACUCAAGCACUGCGAAGUCUCUGCACACGCUUCCCCUUGCUGUCACCUACAGUCCGCCUGGUUAAAUAUUGGUUUAGCUCUCACCUAUUCUCGGCUCAGAUUUGCGAUGAAUUGAUCGAGCUCCUGACGGUCCGCACCUUUAUGCAGCCUUACCCUUGGGAAUGUCCUUCAAGUGUCAUGGCUGGUUUCCUGCGCACGCUACACUUCCUCUCCCGCUGGGACUGGCAACAAGAACCCUUCAUCGUUAACUUGAGCGGUGAUCUGAGCCCGCAGAUUACUGAGAUUAUUCGCACCCGAUUUACUGCCUGGCGCAAUAUUGACCCUGCAAUGAAUACCGUUGCCUUAUUCGUCGCAUCAGACCUCGAUACUGAUGGUGUGACCUGGACCCAAUAUGAGAUGCCCUCGAAGGUCGUAGCUGGUCGAAUGUCCGCCCUGGCGAAAGCAGCUGUCAGCUUGCUCCGAAAGGAAAGCCACAAUCUUGAUGUGGUGGAUCUUUUCCAGACAUCGCUUGCCCCCUACGACUUUGUCAUCAAUCUACGCUCCAAAUUUUCAGGUGAUCGUUCCGCUUCUGUUUCCAAGUAUAAGAAUCUGGUUGAGGGGACCUCGAACCAACCAGGCGCGAAGGCGAUUGUGAAGCCAUUUGUGCAUGAAGUUCAGGCAUGCUAUGGCCAAAAUCUCCUGCUCUUCCACGGAGAUGAGCGAUGCGGUGUAAUUGCUGGUCUCUGGAACCCGCAAACGUUGAAGUCACGGAAUUGGAACUUGAAGACGGCUUACUCGACUGCUCCAGCUGACUCGGAGAGCUCCGACCGUGUUACAAUCAAUCAGCUGGCAAUCUUGAAUGAGAUUGCUCGACUGGGCGAAGGGCUUAUUGAUACCAUCGACGCAGGUGAUUUGAAGGCAUAG